CAAAAGGCCUUUUGAUACAACAACUUGCUUUCAGAAACCUUCAAACCACCCCCUCUGUUUGAUACCUUGAACUUGAACUUUUUUCUGCGUUUUUUUUUCCACCCAUUGAGGAGACAUAUGGCUAGAGCUGGGGUCAGAAUGACAAAGAUAUUAUUGUUUAGGGGAGCUAAGGCUAAGUCACUUGGACACGGCAUGAGCAAGCUUGCAGGGGUGGAUCAAGGAGCAAAACCUAGAAGUUCAGAUGAGAAGGGUACUGCUGACAAGGGAGGGGACCAGCCACCCUACUGGGUCCCACAUCCUCGUACUGGGAUAUACUUCCCAAAAGGACAUGAAUGGGUGAUGGAGGAAGUUCCAAAUGGUGCAGCCUCCUUUGGUCAGACCUAUUGGCUGAGGAACACUGAUGGAGUUGAUAAACCAGACCUUUAUCAAAUUUCAAAUGAUCAAUCCAUGACUGGAAAGUAUUAAGUUCAUGCUAACAAUAAGUUAUGAAUUUCAUGAAGUGUGAAGAGGGAUUGUGAAAGGUUAUGGCCUUACUGUCACUAGAAAAUAAUCAUCUCUCAUUUAUGAAACGGAUAAAUUUCAGGUACUGUUUGAUAACGUUUUCAUUUCCCUCCGAAUAAAUCUGUUAUCCCAUAUGAGAUGACUAACCUUAGUAAACAAGCAUCAAUGGUGCUGUUCUUGUACAUAGAACAUAGGGAUAAAUGAAAAUAAGUUUAGUCUGCUUGAG